CUCACUUGUGCAUUUCUCCAAUGUUCAGAUUUAGAAAUCACAAGAGUUGUUAAGAGCAAUUAUUGGGUUGGUACGGGGAGCAAGAGCGGUGCUAACCAGCCAUAAGGUGUGUAUAGCAAGAGCUUCCCCUAGCAUUCCCCAAAUCUGGCCUCAUCUACAUCCAUUACAAACCAGACGAGCAGGUGUUUGUUCUUUGGUUCUGUCCAAAAAGGAACAACAAGGACAUCUCCAGCUGAAGAUUAAAUCCAGCUACUUGUCAUCAACAACAAGCUAGCAUACUCUCGGUCAUACCUGGGCUCCAUGAGAGUCCAGGAUCUGUACGAUUAAGCUUCAAUUACAACAACACCAGCUGAGCACCAGGUCUCUUUGUUUUUCUGCGACGAUCUAUGAAACUGUUCUGAUGGUAUCAGAUUCAGACCUGCACAAGCAGAUCGCCAAAAUCGAUUGGAUCUAGGCAGCUUAAUCAAUAACUCUAGCUCUUUGUUUCUUCAUACACCUGGAGAUACUGUUAGAUAGAUGUUAAGAAAAAUAUGGAAGUAAGCUAUCUGGAACUGUCACAUUAGCCAACUUUCAUGUUGGCGAGCUGGCAGUGGUCAUCCUAAUUAUAUUGAGGAAGAAUAUACAACUACGCCACCACCCAAAUAGUGAGACAUUAGCAGAUAUCAGAAACUAAUGGCGGAGAUUGUGAUUCUUCUAGCCAUUGAAAAGAUUGGAAUUGCCUUAACAAAUGGAGCAGCUAACCAGGCCAGUGCACUGUUUGUGAUGUACGGGAGACAACUACUAGAGUUACAGCGCAGCAUGGACCGUGUUGUGAGGGAGCUUCGUGUAAUGCAUGAUUUUCUCUGUCAAAUGGACAUUCGAAACCGCAACAAACAAGCAUAUGAGAGCUGGUUGGAGGAGGUACGGAAAGUAGCACAUCUGAUGGAGGACAUGGUGGAUGGGUAUUUGUAUCUAGUUGGUCAGGAACAUGAUAUAGGAUGUUGCUUUUACUUGAAUACAGGAUUCAAAAAACCAAGAUAUUUGCUUUCUUUGAACAGGAUAGUUUUCAAUGUGAAGGAAAUAGAGAAAGACCUUUCACACUUGUCAGAGACAAAAAACCGUUGGGUUCCCGUGAAUGAUGGUGAUACUAGCAACUCAAAUUACAUUGUCAAGAUGUCCCAAGAUCUUGCAACCAUCUCAGGCUCCCUUGAUGAAGAUCUAGUGGGGGUGGAGAAAAAAAGAGAAAUACUUGAACAAUGGUUGGCAGGUGAUGAUUUGCAAUGCUCGGUGAUAGCACUACUUGGAAUGGGAGGACUUGGUAAAACUGCUUUAGCUGCAAAUGUCUACAAGAAUGAGAGAGAAAAAUUUGAAUGCCAUGCUUGGGUCUCCAUCUCUCAAACAUAUUCUAAAGAGGAUGUCUUUCAGAAAAUAGGCAAGGAACUUUCCAGGGGUAAAGCCAGUGUUCUGUCCAACACUACGGAUAUGGACAUCACAUGCCUUGAAGAGAAACUGAAGGAAUUUCUGGAGCAAAAAAAAUAUCUGAUCAUAUUAGAUGAUAUUUGGACUCCAGAAACACUUGCUGAUUUAUCCAGGGUGCUUAUUCAUAGUGGUAAGGGCAGCAGACUUAUAUUCACAACAAGGGAACACCAUGUUGCUACACUUGCUCCUCGAGGACAUAUCUUAACACUGGAAGCUUUAGCAGAGGACAAGGCAUGGGAUCUUUUUUGUAAGAAGGCUUUUCCAUGGGAUACAAAUCAUGAAUGUCCUGCAGAGUUGAAACCUUUGUCAAAGAAAAUAGUUAGUAGGUGCAAAGGCUUGCCUCUUGUUAUUGUGUUAGUUGGCAGCCUGCUGCGUGCGCGUGAGAAUACGGUGGGAGAAUGGAGAAGGAUAAAUGACCAGCUGAGUUGGGAGCUAAUUAAUACUCAGAGUCUUGGUCACGUAAGGAAUGUUUUGCAUCUGAGCUUCAUCUACCUUCCAACACACUUGAAAAGUUGUUUCCUAUACUGCAGCUUAUUCCCCGAAGACUAUCUUUUCAAAAGGAAAAAACUUGUGCGGUUAUUGAUAGCAGAGGGGUUCAUCGAGGAGAGGGGUGAAAGCACAUUAGAAGAAGUGGCAGAAGGCUAUCUAAAGGAAUUGAUUGACAGAAGCAUGCUACAACUUGUCGAGAAAAACACAUUUGGUAGGAUAAAGGGAUUCAGGAUGCAUGAUAUUUUACGUGAAUUGGCAGUUGAUUUGUGCAAGAAGAAUUGUUUUGGUGUUGCAUAUGAGGAUAAGUGCGAGCGCUCUCUUGAGUCGGAUGUGCGUCGAUUGGUACUACACAAACUAAAGGAUAAUCAUCAGCCAAUUUCUAGUAUGUACCAACUUCGUACUCUGAUUACACUGGACAAAAGCAUUCCAUCAUCGACUUUACUACCUCCAUUAUGUGAGAAGUCAAGAUAUAUGACAGUGCUAGAAUUAAGUGGUCUGGCUAUCGAGAAGAUUCCAGAUGCAAUUGGAGAUCUUUUUAAUCUCCGCCAUUUGGGUCUGCGUGGUUCAAAGGUGAAGAUGCUCCCAAGAUCCGUUGAGAAGCUUUUAAAUAUGUUGACGCUGGACCUUUGUCGAACUGACAUACACGAGUUGCCUACUGGAAUUGUGAAGUUGAAGAAGCUCAGACACUUAUUUGCUGAGAAAACAGUCGAUCCAAAUGGGAGAGAAUUUAAAUGGCGCAGUGGUGUAUGUAUGAACAGUGGUCUUGGAAAUCUAACAAACUUGCAGACGCUACAAGCAUUAGAGGCACAAGAUGAGUCUGUUAGACAUUUAGGGGAGUUGCGCCAACUGAGAAGCUUGAGGGUGUGGAAUGUGAAGGGAAUCUACUGUGGACGCAUCAGCGAUUCUCUAGUUCAUAUGCAAUACCUGUCCUACUUGGAUGUGAAUGCAAGUUCUCAGGAUGAGGUUCUCUUGUUAGAUGUCUGCCUGCCAAACCUGCAAAAACUAACUUUGAGAGGGCGCCUAGCCGAAGGGGCGUUGGAUGAGUCUCCUCUCUUCCAAGAUGUUGGGGGGCAGAACUUGCAUAGAUUGUCUCUAUCGUGGUCACAACUGAGAGAAGACCCCCUGCCAUCCCUUUCCCGGCUGUCAAAUUUGACGCAAGUACAACUUGUCAGAGCAUACAAUGGAGAGCAGCUGACAUUUCUCAUGGGGUGGUUUCCCAAGCUAAAGCUUCUCUAUCUAUGCGACCUACCUAAUCUAAAUCGGCUAGAGGUAGAAGAAGGUGCCAUGGUGAGCCUGGAAAGUUUAAUUCUAGUCAAUCUCAGCAGCAUGACGGAGGUCCCACGUGGCAUUAACUUCCUCACGUCCCUCCGGUAUCUAACCUUCCGCGAAAUCACCAAUGACUUCUUCACAUCUCUGCGCCAGUGUUCUGCAAUUCGAGGGAAGUGGCGGUAUACUCUCCGAGAUUGACCUGCUACUCUCGUCAGGAAACGUGCAUAUACUGAUGUCACCUGCCGGAAGGAAGGAAUGAAGAUGCUUCACCAACGAGUUAAGGCGGCCUUGGAUCGAUCUCACUCAAUGCUGCUGAUCUGCUGUACACUCCGGGUUUCCUCCGCUGUUCCGGAAUGUCCAACCGUGCGUCUCAAUAUGCACACAACAGUGCUGCUGCUGUUUCAGAAUGUACUAGCUAGUGCACGUCCUCAGCUUUUGCUGCUGCUGCUACUGCCUGCGUUUACUAUUGCUACUGUGUUCGUGUGAUCAUGUGCUUGCCAGCUGUUAUUAUAAGAUGACAGUUAGCGGGAGACGGCGAGUGGGUUGUGUUUCCAUAUUCAAACUAAUUUACGUAUUGCUAUUUCUGUGUGCUUAUUGUAAUUUGUAAGACUAAGACUGAUUCGUGUUUCCUUUUCCAGACUAUUUUCCUUUGCA